AUGCAUUCGAAACUUGCAAUUCUUCACGCAUCGCUGGCUACGGCCCUCUUUCGGGCGUCGCCUGCCGUCUUCACCGGUAGCAGCGACGCCGACUGGUCGCCCGGGCCACUCCUUCAGCCCGGAAAGCCGUGCGGCGGACAGUCCUAUGACCCAGACGAGUACGUUUGCCGCGAUGGAACACUCUGUCCCGUCGUCAAUGGCGAGCCGCUCUCGCGCUGCGGCCGCGCCUGCUUCUCCCAGUACCUCUACACGUGCUGCAACGGCACGGACCUUGAGAUCCGGUCGCCGUUGCACCGGGGCUACAUGACCCUCCGCGCCGAGAACCCACAAGACGCCGGCCACGUCUCGCCACCGUUUUCCCCGUACCCCAGCAGCAGCGGCAGCGGGAGCAAGAACAAGAGCAGCAGCGGCGUCGUCGAUGGCAGGCCCAUGACGGCCUGCAACCUCGCCUGGAACAUUGGCGGCCGCACCUGCAGCUACUGUCCCGUGCCGGCGGUCGACCCGGCGCUGUGCCCCGCGGGCGGCGUGACGGCGCUGUCGGCGGCGACCAACGCCAUGGACGUGGCGGUGCCGGGCGGGCAGCGCUUCUUCCUGACGGAGCACUGGACGGUCAGAUACACGCAGGCGCACUCGGCGCUCGUGCCCAACGGGUCGACGACGGCGGGGUUCCGCGCGUUUGAUGGCGGGGGGUUCUUUAACCUGCUGGACGGGGCGUGGGGGUGGGUGGCGUGCGGUGGUGGCGGGAAGGGGGAGGAGGCGCAGCGGACGCUGCAUGUGCGCAACUCGACGAAUGGGGAGGAGUUGAGGGGCUGCGUGGGCCUAAAUUUAAGGAUCGAGGGGUUUGAGGCGGAUGAGGAGGCGGCGUGGCAGUAUUCGUGA